GCGCAGCGCACCGUGUGGACAUUUUGGUCUUUGUCCGCGGGUCAGUCCGGCCCCUGGGUCCACGUGGCGCUAAAGUAGGAGGGCCGCUUCCUUGUGCAUCUCUGGAAACUGCACCUUCCUCCUUCUUCAGAAGGCCCCAGGGCUCAGCCUGAGUUCCAGGAUGGUACUUUGGCUCCAGCAUUAGUAUUUUAGAGCCGUGUCAUUUCCCCGAUAGCAGGUUAUAAACUGAACAAGCUGUAUGUGAUCCUCUUUCGGAGCAAGACGACGAACUCUGGAUGGUGGAGAAAGAAGUGGAAAGGAAAUUUGUCCAAAAGAAGCCUGAGAAGAUGAUGAGCAGAUAAGAGAGGCAAGAAGACUUGGGAGGCAAGUUGAAUCCAUCUCCAGUAAAGUACAGACUGAGGAAAAAAGCAGUGAAUAUAAGAAAUUGGAAAGAUACUUCCUCUGAUCUCAGACCUUAUAUCUUUUAAGGCAACACCUUUUUCAACUUACCUAGAAAGAGUUUGAAACACAAUUUAGAUUUAAUCACGAGGAAAGUUGUGUAGGAAAGAAUCAUCAACUUAAUUAGUUUGGAAAUCCUGCCACAGCUUACUCCUUAUGGUAAUAACCCCCUUUAAGUGUAAAGCAGUGUGGAAAUGCCUUCAGUUAAAAAAAUUUGAACCCUCUCUGCUACCAGAGCAUUCAUACGGGAGAGAAACCCUAUGAAUAUACUGAAUGUGGGAAAACUUUUACUCACAUGUCAUGCUUCAUUAAAUGUGGAAGUCUGGCUGGAAAGAAACCCUGUGCUUCUGAGGACUAUUGAAAAGCCUUUAGUAGAUGACAAAUCUCAUUGAGCAGAAGAAAAUUCAUACGGGAGAGAAACCAGUGAAAGUAACAAAACUGCAUUGAGUAUUAGAAAAUUUAUACUUGGAGAGAAAGUUUGGAAUGUACUGUGUAUGAUAAAGUUUUCUCUCAAACCUUAUUUCUUACUCUACAUUUGAAAACAUCCUACACAGAGAAGUCCUACAAAUGUAAGAAAUGUGGAAACACCUUCAGGCUAAAAUAAAUCCUCGUUCAUCAAAAAAUUCAUACUGGAGAGAAACCUUGUGAAUGUGGGAAAGCUUCCAUUCAGAUGUCACACCUCAGUCAGCAGAGAAUUUGCAGUGGGGAAAACCCCUUUGCCUGUAAGGUAUGUGGGAAGGUCUUCAGCCACAAAUCAAAUCUCACAGAGCAUGAGCAUUUUCAUAAUAGAGAGAAACCAUUUGAAUGUAAUGAAUGUGGAAAAGCCUUCAGCCAAAAGCAGUAUGUCAUUAAACAUCAGAACACUCAUACUGGAGAGAAGCUCUUUGAAUGUAAUGAAUGUGGAAAAUCCUUCAGCCAGAAGGAAAACCUCCUCACCCAUCAGAAAAUUCACACUGGAGAGAAACCUUUUGAGUGUAAGGAUUGUGGGAAAGCUUUCAUUCAGAAGUCAAACCUCAUCAGACACCAGAGAACCCACACAGGAGAGAAGCCCUUUGUAUGUAAGGAGUGUGGGAAAACCUUCAGUGGCAAAUCAAAUCUUACUGAGCAUGAGAAAAUUCAUAUUGGAGAGAAACCAUUUAAAUGUAGUGAAUGUGGAACAGCUUUUGGCCAGAAGAAGUACCUCAUAAAACAUCAAAACAUUCACACUGGAGAGAAACCCUAUGAAUGUAAUGAAUGUGGAAAAGCCUUCUCUCAACGAACAUCACUUAUUGUACAUGUGAGAAUUCAUUCAGGUGAUAAACCUUAUGAAUGCAAUGUAUGUGGAAAAGCCUUCUCUCAAAGUUCCUCUCUUACUGUGCAUGUGAGAAGCCAUACAGGGGAGAAGCCCUAUGGUUGUAAUGAAUGUGGGAAAGCUUUCUCUCAGUUCUCAACCCUUGCUCUGCAUUUGAGAAUACACACAGGUAAGAAGCCUUAUCAAUGUAGUGAAUGUGGGAAGGCUUUCAGCCAGAAGUCACACCACAUUAGACAUCAGAAAAUUCAUACUCAUUAAAAACCCUGUGAAUACCUUGAAAAUUGGAAAGCAUUCAUCAGGAAUUUACACCUCAUAGCACAUCAGAGAUAAUCAUUGUGAAGGAACACAUCACAGUGAGGGAAACGAAAGCUAAAAACUUACGGGACACCAUGCUGAAGAGAAGGACAUUUGUAUGAUAAAAAUUCUGUGCCCAACAACAAAAAACUUAUAGCAAUGGUAAUGCUGAAACUUUAGACGCAUUUCCACUAAAAUUGGGAAUGAAAAAUAUGCUUGUUAUCGUUGCUAUCUGCAUAGAUCUGGAGAUCUUCACCAAUGUAAUAAGAAAAAUAAGUUGUAAGUAUUAGAAAGGAAGAGACUUUUAUAAUAUUGAUUUAGCAGGAUAGAAGAAAUUCUGGAAACACCUAUGCAUUUAUUAAAAUUUAGAAUAUGAUAGAAAUGGCAUCAGGAGGUGAGAAGAUAAGGGGACUAUUUAAAAAAUGAUUUGGAGGUAAUUUGUUCUCCAAGGAAAAAGAAAUAGACCAUGAACUAUACACAAAGGUAAGAUCUAAGGGGAUUAAAAGCAGGAGUGUGAAAAAGCUAU